AGAGAGGGAUGUAAGGGAAGUAAUUAUGUUUUUCGUUUAAACAGAAGUGAAAGUAUUAUUAUUGUACUUACCAGUUUACAUGUACGUGGCAGAAUUUCAGGAUGCACCGGCUGUCGGCAUUAAUUUUUGUGCCUAUUUUAGUGCUACUUUUUAUUCCCACGGGAGCAAAGAAGGGAAAGUCUCUAAUCUCUGAGAUAGAUGAUUUGAAGGAAUUCAAGAAAACUUUGAGGACAAAGACCAACCUUCUUGUCGCCUUUGCUAAAUCAGACAAUGCAGCCUCCAAACAGAUGGCGCUGCUGGAGGAUGUGGCAGAGGAGAUUAAAGGGAAAGGGACAGUUUCCUAUGUAGAUUGCAGUGAGGCAAAAAAGUUGUGCAAGAACCUGAAAGUAUCACCGUCACCAUUAGAGCUGAGGCAUUACAAGGACGGUGAUUUCAAUAAAAACUAUGACAGAAAAAUGGUCAAAAAGUCAUUGGUAAACUUCAUGUUGGACCCUACAGGAGAUAUACCAUGGGAUGAAGAGGUGGGAUCUGAGGAUGUUGUACAUAUUGAAAGUGAACAGAGUUGGCACAAACUGCUGAAGAAAGACAAACAUCCAAUUUUAGUCAUGUUUUAUGCACCUUGGUGUGGUUUCUGUAAAAGAUUGAAGCCUGACUUUGCAGCUGCUGCCACUGAACUGAAGGGACAAGUUACUAUGGUAGGAAUAGAUGUAGAUAAACCACAGCAGAUGAAUCUCAGGACGCAAUACAAUAUCACAGGAUUUCCUACUCUAUACUACUUUGAAAAUGGAAAGAUGAAAUUCAAAUACGGAGGAGAAAAUAAUAAAGAAGGUUUAAUAAAAUGGCUUAAAAAUCCCACCAAGCCAGAGGAACCGAAACCUGAAGUCCAGUGGGAGGAGGAAGCUCCAGAAGUAGCCCACCUUCAUGAUAACACCUGGGAAGAUUUUAUGGCAUCCCAUGGUUCAGUGUUAGUUAUGUUUUAUGCUCCAUGGUGUGGUCAUUGUAAGAAGAUGAAACCAGAGUACCAGGAAGCUGCUCAGACGUUGAAAACAGAAAAUAUUGAUGGCACUCUAGCAGCUGUUGAUGUAACAAUAGAUAAAAAAUUAGGAGACCAGUUUAAAAUUCAAGGAUUCCCAACAGUGAAAUAUUUCAAAGACGGAGAAUUCAAGUUUGAUUUUAAUGAAAGAACAGCUGAUAAAAUUGUAGAUUUUAUGAAAGAUCCAAAAGAGCCCCCACCGCCGCCAGAGCCAGAAAAGUCAUGGGAAGAGACAGAGAGCAAAGUUGUACACCUUACUGAUGAAGAUUUUAAGACGGUCCUUAAAAAGAAGAAACAUGCUCUAGUUAUGUUUUACGCACCUUGGUGUGGCCAUUGUAAAAAAGCUAAACCAGAGUAUAUGUCUGCAGCAGAACAGUUUAAAGAUGACCCAAAGGUAGUAUUUGCUGCCAUGGAUUGUACUGUACAUAAAACUUCAUGUAGUGCUCAUGAUGUGAGUGGAUAUCCUACAUUUAAAUACUUCAACUAUGGAAAGAAUUCACAGAAAUAUAUGGGUGGUAGAGAGGAACCAGAUUUUGUAAAGUUUAUGAAAGAUCCCCUGAAUACUGAGCCGGAACCCAAUAAACCUCCAUCACCAACACCAGAAGAGCACUGGAGCGAUGUAACUGGGUACCAGAAUGUUGCUUUCCCACCAGGAGAUACUUUUGACAAGUUUAUAAACCAGCAUAACUCUGUACUUGUUAUGUUUUAUGCACCAUGGUGUGGUCAUUGUAAAGCAAUGAAACCUGCUUAUGGUGAAGCUGCUACACUGUUAAAGGGCGAAAAUCAUGCAGGUGUGCUAGCAGCUGUUGAUGCAACACUAGAACAUGCCUUAACUAGUAGAUUUGAAGUGAGAGGAUAUCCCACACUUAAAUAUUUCAAAGAUGGUAAAUUUGCUUUUGAUUAUGGAAGUGGGAGAUCUACAGCUGAUUUAGUUGCCUUUAUGAAAAAUCCUAAAGAGCCAGGACCUCCACCAGAGGCAGAGCCAGCUUGGGAUACCGUGAAAAGUGCCGUUAAUCACCUGACAGGGGAGAAUUUCAAUACAUUUACGGCGUCGAAAGAUUCUGUACUUGUUAUGUUCUAUGCACCGUGGUGUGGCCAUUGUAAGAAGGCCAAGCCAGGUUUCCAGGGAGCUGCAGAAAAAUUAGGAGAUAGCCGCCGUGCUCUAGCUGCUGUUGAUUGUACUGCUGCUAAAAGUAAAGAUUUAUGUUCCAAGGAGAAUAUUAAAGGAUUCCCUACUCUUAAGCUGUAUGUUAAAGGCCAGUUUCUGGUGGAAUACAAUGGUGAAAGAACAGAAGAAGAAUUCUUUAAAUUUAUAACGAAUGCACCCACCGUUAAAGAAGAGUUAUAAAUCGAUCUGUUUUUCUUUCUUUUUUAAACCAUGUAAAAUCUCAGUAUCAUUAUAUUAAGGAUAUAUAAGCUAUGAGCCAUGGCAGGCUAAAAGGUACCUCUUGGGAUGUAAAAUGUAUAAAAUUCAAUAUAGUUGAAAUAUCUAAAAUUAUUUUAUUAUAACAGAAAACUUUAUGUAUGAUAAGGAAAAAGAACUUGAUGUAAUAAUUCACUAAGUUUAGAGGAAAAUCAGAACUGCCUAGAAUUUGCCCUAGUCCUGCUGCAAUUUUUACUAGUCUUAUUGUUCAGUUUUUACAGACAGUGCCUAUUUUAUAGUCUGUUAAAAUGGUACAUGCCUGAGGCUUACUGUGGACUCAUGAGCAUUUAGCCCUGUUGCAAUCAUAAUGCAGUACCAUAACAGUGCAGGAUGGAUUUUAGAGUUGAGAACAACCAAUCAACUUCUGUUUUAGAUCUUUUAGCAGUCAGGCUUAUACACGGCUUUAUUUUAGUUGGAUUUGUAAUAUUUUUGCUUAAAUGUUGCGCAUGCCCUGCAGGACGAGUACUGCACCAAGUUCCACUCACCUAGAGUUUAUUUCUACUUGUAUUGACUACAAGCAGCAUAAUAGUUGUCGCAGAAAAAAAUGUCAUUAAUUUUUCAUCACAGUGGUUUAGAUUUCAAUGUCUAAGUGUCAAAACUCGCAAUACUGAAAAUUUGAUCAAAUGUUGCACUACCUAUUGAUAUCUAGGAUUUUAAACUUCAGAAAUGGUCUGCACAAGUGCUUUAUCAAAGAUUUCAAGUAGAUUUUGUUGAAAUGGCAAUUUUACAAAUUUAUCUAUUUGAUACCUUUACUAAGAUAUAUAUUAUGCCAUGUAGAUCUUUCAGAUAGUCAUAUGCACUGGUAGAAAACUUUUAACUUUAUAAAGCUGAGGUCUGUGUAUCGAGUGGUUGUAAGGUAUUGCAUUUUGUUCUCCAGGACAGUUUAACAGAAGACAUUACUCCUCUACCUCAGAGUUAUGUUAAGAAGUUGUCAGUUACUUGUGGAGUCAGUACUGAUGUAUUAUGUUAAGAAGUUGUCAGUUACUUGUGGAGUCAGUACUGAUGUAGAUUCCAACACUGAUUGUCGUUAAAUAGCCGAAAUACUUUUUCUUUUUUUUCAAAUGGCAUUUUAUCCCAUCUAACAUAGCAAAUAAAAUCUUAAUGUACACUAGGAGGUACCUUUUACCGUAAUUAGCUUGUCUACUAACAGCCUGAUUUAUUAAUAAACUCUUGCUUGAAUUUGUAACAUUUUCUUUAAUUUUGUAUAUUUAUUUGAGAAGUCCUGUAGUUGUUUUGAAGACUUCUUUCUGCUACUUGAUCUACCAGAUUCAUAUUAGGUUUUUUUUUUGUGAAAUGUAACUUUAUUUUGCACAAUCAUGAUUUAUGUUAUACUUCUGUCUAAGGAUCUCCAUAGGUGGUAUUACAAUAUUCUUGAAUUUGAAGUUGUCUUUGAAUGCUAUCAGUCUUAAAGCCAAAAAGGUAGCUUUUCCUGUAUGAAAUUAUGACCAAUGAACAUUUUUGAACUAAUUUUUUUAUAUUUUACAAACUUAAUACACGGAAAUGUUCCUUUUAUGAUAGCUAAGAUCUCCAGAAUGUUUUUUUUGUUGUUGUUGUUGUUGUUUUAAUAAAGAAAAAGUCAAAGUUGGAAUUCUAAAACAUUUUUUGGAUCCAGUGGCUGAAAUACUGUGUACCAAAAUCAGUUCUUGAAGAUAAAUUUAAAACUAAUCAAGAGAAUUUGAAAUUUCAAAAAGUUCCUGUUACCACUCUUGGUGAUCUUUAGAAUAAUGUAUAAUCAUAUAUGGAAGAAAAACUUUGUUACCAUGGUUACCAAAAAAGGCUAAUCAAACAAUAAAGGCUAGUACAUACUUGAAGUACUGUUGACAAAUAGCUUUCAAAAUAACUUACUAUUAGACAAGAAUAAUUUAAAAUUCUUAAAUUAUUUGAAACCGAGUUUAUUGAUAAAUGAAAAAUAUUGUGCAUUUACUUUAUAAUACAUUUGGUGAUUCGUUUAACCUAUUUGACCUGUAGUGACAAUUGGCAAUUUCAGUUCUAUUACAUAUUCUUGUAUCCCGAGUAGUUCUUGGGCAGCUCGUGUAUGAAAAGAGUCUGAAUCACUGUCUUACCCUUGCAUGACCGUGAGAGGUGACUAAUAGGGUCUAAGACUUGGUUUUGCUGUCUCUGUGAGCAAGUAUAUUUUGAUGUAAAUUAGAUGUGAGACCAAAAUUUUUAAUUGUGCUUAAUGCCAUGUACUGUGUUGGUGAACAAUAGAACAAAAUUAAAUUAAAUCACAUUCUUGUAUGCUGUAUUGACAUGCUGAUAAUGUAGUUCAUACGAGCACAUUACUUUCCUUCUUGUCGAAGGCUUACGAGCACAUGGCUAUACGUAACAGUUGAGAGCAUACAAGAACAUGACUGUCCUUACCAGUCGAGAGCUUAUGAGUACAUGGCUUUCCUUACAGUCAAGAGCUUCCGAGCACAUGGCUGAACAUACCAGUUGAGAGCAUACGAGCACAUGACUUUCGUUAACAGUGGAAGGCUACAAGCACAUGAUUUUCCUUACCAGUUGAAGGCUACGAGCACAUGAUUUUCCUUACCAGUUGAAGGCUAUGAGCACAUGAUUUUCCUUACCAGUUGAAGGCUUAUGAGUGCAUGGCUGUCUGUACCAGCUUACAAAUUUUAAAUUACAUGCUGAGAAUAUGUAAACAGAAAUUGCCAGUUUUCAUUAUAGGUUGUCUGCCUUGAAGCUAAGUUUUUUUUUGUAGUUUUACUACAUGUUUUUCAAACUGGCUGAUUACUCAACUACAUACAUAAUACCACCUAGAAUAUGAAAUAUUUUUUUAAGUUUAUUUAUCAUGGUUAAUACUGCUGUAUUUAUGAAUUUUAAGUAAAGUUUUCAGCCAAACUGUGAAAUCCAGGUUUAUUGUAUUAAGUAUUUUAUUGCUUAUUUUGCUUACAUUUUGUGUUUAUCUUGAAAACUUCCUAAUAUGCUUUGUAAAAGGGGUACCUUGUUUUUACUCCUAUACCAUUAUAAUCUUCUUUUUGUAUUUAUAUUUAGAUAUACUGCCACUAGAGUAUUUUGAAUUCUGGAAGCUUUCACAACAUUAAGAUUUUAUAACUUUCAAGUUAUAUUUGAACUAUCCAUGACAGUUCUUGAAAAGGUUAAACUCAUCUAAAGAAGAAAUAUGAAAACAAUCAGCAUUUUCCUUUCAUUUGAUCUAAUUUAUAAGAUGUAAUUAAAGUGUUGUAUUUCAGCAGAUGGUACCAUUUGUUCUGACAGCGAAGUUUAAACAUUUCUUUUCAAGUUUAUUGAGAUUUUUUUUAUUUUAUAUUUUUAAAGAAAAUGAAAUGUGGUAAUUAAGGUCUUGGUGCAAAACCUGCUGUAAUUGUGCAUAAGGGUAGCAGGGUGGAUAAUGCAACAAUUGCAGAUCAUGUAGUGUGGAGUUUUAGCCUUUUUGGAAUAAGUUAGACCAGUUUACUUUUUGGGUUAGGGCCAGUUUAGAAUGCAGCCUUGCCAUUGGUCUAUUACAGAACCGUAUUCAGUAAUAAGUUUUUUAGACUGUUACCCAGCUCUCUAUACGAGGACCCUGUGUGGGAACCAUCGUAAGAACAAGCUGAGAAUGUAGCUUUAUAAAUACCUUGAAUAUUUUGGAGGAGGAUGCAACAGCAGAAAAAAUUAAUCACUAAGUCAAGGAGGUGCAGCAAGUUUACACCAAGCCCUUUAUUUCCAUCUGAUAUUUGGUAAAAAAACACAAGCAAUAAAGAUGUGAUACUGCUGAAAACAUUCUUACAAUGAAGAAAUAUUUGUAUAAUAUCAUUUUAUACACUGUAACAACUCCAAAGAGUUUUGUAUUUUUUUUUAUAUAAUUCUUAACUAUUUGAGAGAGCUAUAAAAAUUGUAUUUUAUACUUCUUUGACUAUUUAUAAAGUUCAUUUCUGACUUUUACUGAAAUUACAUUUUGAUGACCUACUUUUUAGCCCACCCUGAACCGAGGGUUCAAGGUGAGCUUAAGUAUAGGGUGAUAGCACGUCGUCCUGCGUCGGUCUUUAACGAUUUACUUAAACAUCUUCUCCUCUUAAACUUUAUGUCAGAAUUACAUGAAACUUAGUCUGUAGCAUCCUAGCAAGGUCCCCUCUCAAGCUUGUUCAAAUGGGGGCACAUGGCCCUUUUUAGGGGUCGCUAGAGCUCAAAAUCUUUAGACAACAUUUUCAUGAACCACAAGUUGGAUCUAUAUCUAACUUGGUCUGUAGUGUCAUUGUAAGGUCCUCUCUUGCCUCCCUUUUUAGUCCGCUAGAGAUAAAAAUAGAAAUACCUUUAAAUAACUUCUCAUGAACUGCUUGAUGGAACUUCAUCAAACUUGGUCUAUAGCAUCAAUGUAAGGUCCGCUCUCAAGCUUAUUUGAAUGGAUGCACUUGUUCUCUUUUAGUGGCCGUUGGAGCUCAACAUAGAAAAACUUUAAACACCUUCUUCUCAUGAAUUGAUUGAUGGAUUUUCAUCACACCUAUUAUGUGGCCUCAUUUUAAGGUCCUCCCUCAAAUGUGUUCAGACUGGGGCAUUUGACGUGUUUCAUGGUUUUGUAUGCUAAACACAGAUAUUACAAUUAGUGAUUCAGUGUAUCAUACAUAUAGACAAGGUCAGAUGAGCAACUUGGGGUCACUUUAGCCCUCUAGCCUUAUGUUCCUUCAGUGGAAAGACAUGCUAAGAUCCCAUGUGGCAGUCUUAUAAUUCGUCCUGUCUUUAAAUAAUUGACACUGGAAUAAGGACUUGAAUAGCCCAGCAUUAUUCAAUUUCAAACUGUGUCAUAGAUUAUAUUUAUUAAGUAAUUACAGACUGAAUAGGGUAGGUCUGCAGGGAGAGUGUCACAUUCACCGAUUUAGGAGUAUAUGUUAAGAACCCUGAAUAGCACAAUCUCUUUAGACAUUUUGAGAGACACAGUUUUCUUGCGGGAAAGUUGUCACUUGUUUUGGUGAGGAAUUUGUCAGUAAUGUGGGGAAAUUAUCAGCUUCAUGGGGAAGUUAUCACAUAUGUUGGGAAGUUAUCAGUUAUGUGAGGAAGUUGUCAGUUACAUGAGGGGGAAAUUUGUCAUUUACUUGAGUGAAGUUUUUAUUUAUGUGGGAAAGUUGCCGGUUAAGGGGUAAUUUACUGGUAUUAAAAUUAUGUACUGAAAUUUUGAAGUAGCUUUUACUUUACCAAAGAGUUAAUCAGUUGAUCAGUAAGUAUUUGUAUUUCAACUUCAUUGUUAACAUGUAACUAAAUAGAUUUACUUCCAGCCAGUGUUGGUGGGACUGUUGACUUACUUUGAACAAAUUAAUCAAUAAAGCAGGUUACUUUACAUUGAUCACAUCAUUAAACUAAAAAGAGGGUAAUAACUUACAUGUGUUUUGCUUUCUUGAUCCAUAAAACUUAAACUUUCCACCAAGCAUAUAUACAUUGUUGUUACUAAGUAACGCUAUGAUUUCAGUUGACUGUAUUAAGUGUAUUUCAUGUAUUGGUUAAAGGCAUGUUUACUGUUUGUUUCAGUUAUGUUAUGACUCAUGUUGUGUAUGAUUAAAUGUGAUUGUUACUGGUGAGAGGAAGUAUACAGAUAUUGAACCAAUAAAGCAGUAUGUACAACAAUAAUA